AUGGCUCCCGAAUCCGCCUUCACCUUCCUGCCGACGGGCGCUCUAAUUCAAGAAUUCAAGGUUGGCGGGCAGAACAUCGUGCUUGGGUUCCCCAACCCAGAACCUUACAAGGAUGCACCUUUCUUCGGCGAAACCAUUGGGCGCGUCGCGAAUCGUAUCAAAAAUGGCGUCAUUAGCGACUUGAAUGGCACAUCCUACCAACUCUUCCAGAACAACGGCCAGCACAGCUUACAUGGUGGCAAACAAGGUUGGGGCAGGAAGGUUUUCAAGGGCCCAGUGCCGACACAGAGGCAUGGCACGGAGAGCGUGCAAUUCACGUACGUCAGCCCUGAUGGUGAUGAGGGCUACCCUGGGACGGUCGAGCUGCGGGUCUGGUAUACUGCGUUCGAGGAGAAGGAGGAUGGCGUUGACAAGACGGUCCUGAUCACUGAGUACGAAGUGGAGCUGAUCGGGGAUGAGGUCGAGGAGACGGCGGUCAAUAUCACGAACCACAGCUACUUCAAUGUCAGUGGCGCGGAAAGCAUCGCUGGAACAGAAGCGACCCUGAGCACAUCGAAAUACCAGGUCGUCGAUGACGCCGCCAUACCUACAGGUGCAAUUGACGACUUUCCAGGAGUCGAGGCCAACAAGACGUUUACCCUUGGUCCUCAAGAGCCCAGCAUCGACCAUUGCUUCGUCUUAAAUCCUUCAAACCUCAAGAUCCCGCUCGACACGCGCGAGUCUCCAUUGAACAACCUGGUCCGCCUCUACCACCCCGCUACCAAGAUCCAUCUCGACAUCUUCAGCACCGAGCCGGCUUUCCAGUUCUACACAGGCGCCUUUAUCGACGUAGCAGCAACCGAGCACACUCCCAAACGAGGACCACGUGCUGGUCUCUGCGUCGAGCCCAGUCGCUACAUCAACGCCAUCAACGUGCCCGAGUGGAGAAAUCAAAUGCUGCUGAAAAAAGGCCAGAAGUGGGGAUCCAAGACCGUGUACAGAGCAUGGCAGGAUUGA